CGCGCUGCGUCAGUAUUCCGCGAGCUUCCAUCGUGUUCUGUUGGAGUUUAUCGUUGAGGAAGGAAAACCGCGUUCCGUUCGUUCGUGAAACUACGGUGUAGGAUAAAAAGAGUGGCUUUCCCCCGAUAGCUACGGAAGAACGUAUUCGAGGAUGGCGGACGACAGUCACGAGAACGGCACCAGCAACGGCGACGUGCCCGAGAUCGAGCUGAUCAUCAAGGCAUCCACCAUCGAUGGCCGACGAAAAGGCGCCUGCCUCUUCUGCCAGGAGUACUUUAUGGAUCUCUACCUUCUCGCCGAGCUAAAAACUAUCUCACUCAAGGUGACCACGGUCGACAUGCAGAAACCACCGCCAGACUUCCGCACCAACUUCCAAGCGACUCCGCCGCCGAUUUUAAUCGACAACGGUGACGCGAUAUUGGAGAACGAGAAAAUCGAGCGGCACAUCAUGAAAAACAUUCCCGGUGGACACAAUCUCUUCGUGCAGGACAAAGAAGUGGCUACCCUCGUCGAAAACUUGUUCAGCAAACUAAAACUAUUAUUACUGAACGCGAAGGACAAGGAUAAAGAUCCGAAAUCCUCGUCGCUAAUGGCACAUCUGCGCAAAAUCGACGAGCAUCUGGGCCGCAAAGGCACGCGGUUCCUCACAGGCGACACAAUGUGUUGCUUCGACUGCGAGUUGAUGCCGCGGCUCCAACACAUUAGGGUUGCCGGCAAGUACUUCGCGGACUUUGAGAUCCCAGAAACUUUGGUGCAUCUGUGGCGGUAUAUGCAUCACAUGUACAGGCUGGAUGCCUUUUUGCAAAGUUGCCCGGCCGACCAGGAUAUUAUUAAUCAUUAUAAGCUGCAACAGAGCAUGAAAAUGAAGAAACACGAAGAACUGGAAACUCCAACAUUCACAACCAGUAUCCCCAUCGAGGUCAACGACGACUAGGCUGGACCUCUGCCGUCGGGUCUACGAUCUCGUUACUUUGAUUCGGAAAGAUUAUCGUCGGUAUUCGGUGUAGACACGUACACGAACGCGAACACGAACGGUGUAAACACGACCGGUGUAAACACGACGGCGCAGUAAACGUUUUUACUAUUAGUUCCAACGGACGUCUCCGUCUAGGAAGAAUUCAUUAUUUAUAAGAAGUAUUCGGAAUCACACGAGCAUUCUAUUAAAAAUAUUCCAUCAUUUCGAUUCCGAUUACGUCGACGCCGUUAUACCGAUUUAUAUAACACUUUUUGCUACGUAUAUUUGAUAAACUAUCGACUAUUAAGGCUUUCAAAAAUGACCUGUAUAUGCGUGUCCAGAGAACUAUAUGAUUUUUUCCCCUCAGAUCCUUAUCGUUCUACGUUGUUUUUCUUUCUUUACGCUACGUAUAAAUUUCGUUACGUAGUCUUUUGACUUGAGUAGCAUUAUUAUUAGAAAAGGCAUUUUAAUCUUUUACAUGUACUUUAGAUCAAAACCUCGUAUUUUUGUAAGAGGAAGUUUAGGUGUUUUUUUUCAUCCAUCUUCUUAUGACGAGCAAAAGGGACGUAUGCAUUCGAAUUAAAAUUAUCUACCGAAUACGUUGAUAUAUUAUUUGUUAUUUUUUUCUCCUUUUUUUAAAAACUGCAAUUGUAUUUAGCGUGCAUUUCUAUAUUAUAAUCAAUAAAACGACGCAAUGCUUAUUCUUUAAAGGCCCUGUAUACAUUUUCUUCGAUUUCUUAGUUACACCACCCCAUCUAAGCAGAAAGGAAUAAUCUAGUCUGAUCUACUUCGUCUAAUAAUAAAAUUUCUGAAAACAUCUUUUCAAACAUAAUUUACAAUAGGAUUUAAAGAAGACCUGGUGCAUACGUUUCUUCUAAGGUCUAUGUUAAGUACGAUACAAAGUUCUUAGUUAAAUUCGUUUCAUUGUUGUUCGUUUCGUUUAAAAUUCUUAACUUUACAAAUGGUCCUGUGGCUAAGAGAAAUUUAACAAGUAAUUCUUCGGUGUUAUGAACCACAUUGUAAAUGAUGAUUUUAAAGUGGAAGAACGAUCGUCCCGAAAAUAGUGCUUAUUUCUAUUAACGUAGUCCAACGAUUUAACAAACUCGGUAUUUCGUAUUAGUGAUUAUAUUAUUAUUAUUAUUAUUAUUAUUAUUGUCAUAAAUAUUAUUACUAUUAUUGUAUUACUUUGGUUUAUACUCGUAGAAAUGAAUAUACCAGUGUUUACAAUAAACCUCGGGUUCGUUGAUAUUUCUA